AUGAGCAACAAUUGUGUCAUUGAUUUGCAAAAUCGUAAGAAUUGUAAAUAUUGUCGAAUCCAGAAGUGCUAUGAAAUGGGAAUGAAAAAAGAAUUUAUCCGAACCUCAAAACAGGAGAUAAAGGAUAAGGAAAACAAAGUGAAUGAAAGAGCACUUUGCUGUACAUAUCGGACACAAAAUGAUGAAAAUAUUGUAUUGAAUAAUAUUAUUGAAAACUUUGAGACAAAUGACGAGAGACUUAACCAACAAAUACGGGAAAUAGAGUACUGCCUAUCGAUGGCUAAUUCGGACGGCAUUUACAAUAACAUCAAUGAUUUCUACCACGAAAUGUCAUUCAAACCAGUUUUCCGACAAUUAAAUGAAAACACAAACAGUUUUAAUGAAUUGGAAACCAAGAGAUUGUAUGAAUUGUUUCGGUCAUCGGAAGUGUUCAAACAUAAGUCAAUUCAAACCCACAGUCAAUACCUGUUGACUGAUAUGAUUGAUGUGAACAGCACUUGCCUACUGAUGCUGGACAGGGAUGUCGACGAUAUGCUUAAGUUUACCAAAAAUCUGGACUCAUUCAGGAAUCUGUGUUUUAACGAUCAGUUGGCACUCAUUAAGUACGGGUGUCUUGAGAUGCUUUUGCUCAGGUAUUCAAUACUAUACGAUAUUAAGACCGAUUACUGGACGUGGGUUUGGAAAACCGAUAACAUGACUGCCGGCACAUUUAAAUUGGAUGUCUAUAAGCCUGAAAAGCGCAAUAUGUACGUCCAUUACAAAAACUAUUUGCAUAAAUUAUUACCCGAAUGGAAUAGGGAUUACAUUGUAUUGGACUUGUUGACAGCGAUUGUACUCUUUAACCCACAUCGACCCAAACUUAUCUACAGAGAUGUCGUGAAAAGUGAACAACAAUUAUAUCUAUAUUUAUUGCAACGCUAUCUGUAUUUAAAACACGGCUCGGAAUCGGAAACACAGAGAAAACUAUCAAAUUUUAUGAAUUCAUUGACAGAUUUGCAGAAUAUUUGUGAAAUUAAGAAGAAAAAUGGACACGAAUUUUAUCUCAAGUCUUUCGGACCUAUUCUUAAGGAGAUUCUCUAUGAUAUGACUUCAUAUAACUAA